GUAACCUUGCACAUUGUUAAAGAUUUUUCCACAAGUUGUAGCAGCUAGUUGGUUGAAUCUGUGACCAGGCUGAAGCAGCUUGAACUCAGAAAACAAAAAAAAUGCCUGUGGUUGGCCAAGAUUGACUGGACUUUCUUUAUUUGAACAGAGAAAACAACCAAGCAUGGCUGUCUCUGCUAUCAGGAAAUGGUGGAUAACCCAUCAGUUAGACAAAUCUGAUAAUAAUGACCACAACACAGAGGACGAUGAAGAUGAAGAAGAAGAAGAGAGGAGGAGACAGUUAUGUGUAAACCUAAAUAAGGCUCUGCGGACCACUCAGCUUAUCAUCGACUUCGAUGGUGGACGACCCAUUCUGCGUCUCACUGCACCGUUGGACCUGGUUAACUUCCCAGCCGUCUUGUAUCCCCGCUGGCCCAUAGAGUGUGAGGUCAUCAGUGACAUCAUCCAUCACAUAGAGUGGGACCCCCCAGAGCCAGAGCCUUUCUACCAGCCCACAGGACGAGAGAGGGCACCCAUGCAAGCAGGGGAGGAGAGAGGGAAAGUGGUUUACUGCACUGACCAUGCCACUAAGCGAUCUUAUUUCACCUGCUCCCGUGUCCGAGGAAGCAAGGGGCCGAUCAAGAGUGCCACUUGUUUUGACUUCAGUCAGACAGACUUCACUCUGGAGUUUGAGUCACGCUUUGAGAGUGGGAACCUUCAGAAGGCUGUACAAGUCGGUGUCUAUGACUAUGAGCUGACUCUGCGCACAGACUUGUACACCAGGAAGCACACGCAGUGGUUUUACUUCAGGGUGAGAAACAUGAAGGCUGGAGUGACGUACCGCUUCACCAUUAACAACUUGAUGAAGAGCAGCAGCCUGUACUCUCAGGGAAUGAGGCCAUUGCUCUACUCUGAAACAGCUGCCAGAGACCAAGGUGUUGGAUGGCAACGCAUCGGCUCAAACAUCAGAUACUACCGAAACUUGAAUCAGAACACAAAGGAUGCCAACAGUGACCCGAUCACCCUGUACUCACUCACCUGGACCUUCCAGUUCCCCUAUGACUCAGACACCUGCUACCUGGCUCACUGCUACCCCUACACCUACUCACAGCUGCAGCACUACCUGCGACAAAUCUCUUCCAACCCAGCAGUGACCUCAUAUUGUAAACUGAGAGUGCUGUGCCACAGCUUGGCAGGGAAUCCUGUGUAUGUGAUGACGAUUACAUCUCCUAGCGUCAGCAAGGUGGAGGGAAGGACCAGAAAGGUUGUGGUGGUGACAGCCCGAGUUCAUCCCGGGGAAACCAACGGGUCCUGGGUGAUGGAGGGGUUCCUGGACUUCCUGCUUGGGGACUCAGAGGAUGCUCAGCUGCUCAGAGACACUUUUGUUUUCAAGGUGGUGCCGAUGCUGAACCCAGAUGGUGUGGUGGUGGGGAACUACCGCUGCUCUCUGGCAGGCAGGGACCUCAACAGAAACUACAAGACAGUGCUCAGAGAUUUUUUCCCCUCAGUGUGGCACACUCGAAACAUGGUGGAAAGGCUGAUGGCUGAUAGAGAUGUCAUUCUUUACUGUGACUUUCAUGGUCACAACCGCAAAAACAACGUCUUCAUGUACGGCUGCAGCAGCCCAGGUGAUGCUGCGCUGAAGCUUCAUGAGAGAGUAUUUCCACUGAUGAUGAGCAAGAACGCCAGUAAUAAGUUCUCCUUUAAGAGCUGUAAGUUUCAUGUAAAAAAAAAUAAAGAAGGAACAGGACGGAUUGCCAUGUGGAGACUUGGCAUCAAAAACAGCUACACCAUGGAGGCGUCAUUUGGAGGCUCCACACUGGGUGACAGAAGGGGAACACACUUUACCACUCAAGACCUGAAGUCCCUUGGCUUUUACUUCUGUGACACUCUGCUGGACUACUGCGAUCCUGAUCCAGCUAAGGUCACUAACUGUUUGACAGAGCUGACUGUUCUGAUGAGAAAGCAGGCCAGAGAGAGGCUGGGCAAAGAUCUGGGUACUGACUGUAGCGUCUCUAUGUCUGACCUAGAAACCAGUACCAGCGGUUCAAAUAGUUCAGACUCAGACGGACCUCCAGUUCAUUUACUGAACCAGCCACAAACUGCCAACCUAGAGCAAACUCCAGAAAGGAAGAAGAAGAAAAAGCUAAAGAGUCAUAAAGAAAGGAACAGGCUGCAACCAGAGAGAGUGAACAACACACAGCAAAAGGUCCUGCAAAGCAACCCCACAAUUAUGGAGUCUGAUCUGCCUCAGGAGGAGUCGGUUAAGGAGAGCAUCCAGGAGCAGCCCGUUGGAACAUUCAGGAAGAAAUGGCAGGAGAAUGGCUUGAUUAAAAAAGUGAUGAUGCCCUCUGCCACCACUCAGCCAGGGGAGCUCAGUCAGGUGACUCUGUGGCAGGGCUGUGAGCCUGUAAAGGAAGACUCUGCAGCUUCAUACCUGCAUCACAGGACAAAGACAUGUACUCGCAACAGCACAUGCAUCUCUCACACAGAUGACCUGGGAAUGGAUAAGCGACAGUGGAGAUGCAGCACACAGCUGCUACAUCUCAGUCCUUAUCUUCCAGCUUCACCACAUUUCUUGCAAUCCAGAAAGCAGCACCAUCAGGGCGCACAACCAUCCCUCAUCUCCCAUAAAGUCCACAGAGGGCAGCGACCUCCGCUUCCAUCAUCUCAAAGAUCUCCUCCAAUCUACAUCCAGAAGAUACCAGACAUGAAAUUGCUUUCAAGUUUGACCUCUGGCACGUUAAAUAGCCCACAUGAUUUCAGAGAAAGGAACUCUGAACUCUACUUUUUGCCAGAGGAUUCCUCACAUGCAGACCAGAACAAACAGCAGAAUGAGAAAAAAGACCAAGAUUCCUCAGAGGGUUUGUCACUAUUAAGAUGUGGAGAGAACCUGAGUGAUUUCAACCCUUACACCCACCUGAGAGACUUCGAAUCUAACAACACUUCAUAUGUGCCUGUGCAGAGGAGCAGAGACCUGAGAGGGAAAGGAUUGUACAGAAGGACUUUCACUGAUGAGAAGCACAUGGGCAGUUUAUUCCCUGCAACAAAACCUCAAGGCCUCAUAAACAUAGAGGUCCCACAACCACGGACAGACACCCUCACUAUGCUUCAGUCGAAGGACAUCAGGCGUAAUCACUCUGAAAGACAACGCAACAUAAGCACAACAACACAAGGGGCAGCUGAUAGGAGAUCAACACAGUCAGUCCCCCCCCAAAAUCAGGUCUUUGUUUAAUAAAAACUACAAAAAGCAGUGAGAAGGGUUAUAAUAGUCUUUAAAUAUGAUCUAUUUGUCUUAUUUAAUUGAAAAGAACACACAAUAACCAAAUGACAGUGUAUGUACAACUAUGGCAUACUUUUGUUGGUUUGAUGUAAAAUAUUUUUCUAUUGUGACAAUCAAAUUCUGGAAAUACUGUUUGGAAUAAAAUCAAACAUCUUGGGCAUCAUUUGAGCUGAGGUGAUAGAGCAGAUGCUCAUAUACAGAAGCUACAGUUCUCA